AGGGUGGCAGAUUUUGCGCGAAAAAUACUCAAGACCGCUGCUGAGAGUGCGUGAAAACCGUGCCAGUGCGUGCAUAUAGUGGCCAGGAAAGUCGUGAGUGCUGCGCCGUGACCGCAAGAAUGGUGGAGGCGUGAAUAGCGAGCAACUUCCUCACGCAGGAGAAGCGCGCAAUGACAAGGAAAAAGGCAUGAUUCUCUGGCGCUGACGACUUGGCAGAGUGGCAAAGAGCGAAAGACAGGAACCCAGGAGGGCAGAUGAAUUUGCUGUGCUGGACGAUGGCGCCGAAUCCGCGUGUGACGAGAAAGUGGGAGAUCUUUGCGGGACGCAAUAAAUUCUUCUGUGAUGGAUACCUGAUGACCGCCCCGCACUCGGGCAUCUUCUACCUGACCGUGUUCCUCAUCACGGGCACCAGCGCGCUUUUCUUCGCCUUCGAUUGCCCCUUCCUGGCGGAGAAGAUCACGCCGGCCAUCCCGAUCAUCGGCGGCAUUCUCUAUAUCUUCACCAUGAGCUCUCUGUUCCGCACAUCAUUCUCGGAUCCGGGCAUCAUCCCGCGGGCCUCCCAGGACGAGGCGGCGUACAUCGAGAAGCAGAUUGAGGUGCCAAACUCCCUCAACAGUCCCACUUACAGGCCGCCGCCGCGCACAAAGGAGGUGCUCGUGCGCGGUCAGAUCGUGAAGCUAAAGUACUGCUUCACGUGCAAGAUAUUCAGACCACCCAGAGCUUCCCACUGCAGCCUCUGCGACAACUGCGUGUCACGCUUCGACCAUCACUGUCCAUGGGUGGGAAAUUGCGUGGGGAAGCGCAAUUAUCGCUUCUUCUACAUGUUCAUUGUCUCUCUGGCAUUCCUGACAGUCUUCAUCUUCACCUGCUCAACCACACACAUUGUUCUGCUGACGAAAGACCGCAAUGACUUGACACUGGAGGCGAUCAAGGAGAGUCCCUUCAGCCUGAUUAUCGCCAUCAUUUGCUUCCUCUCCGUGUGGUCGGUGAUCGGCCUAGCGGGCUUCCACACGUACCUCAUCACCAGCGACCAAACAACGAAUGAGGACAUCAAGGGCUCCUUCUCCACAAAGGGCGGCCAGCACGCCGUGAAUCCCUACUCGCGGGGCAACAUCUGCCUGAACUGCUUUCACAUCCUGUGCGGGCCCAUCCAGCCGUCGCUCAUCGAUCGGCGCGGCAUUGUGACAGACGAAUACAGGAGCCAGAUGCUGGUGCCCGAUCCCUUCAUGUCCAACGCCCCCAUGAUUCCGCACCAGCCCACAGCGGCGCAGACGGCGGAAUCGCCCAAGGCGACGGGAAAUAUCUACGAUAUGGAUGUGGAGGGCAAUCCAUCCGGGACAGGAGUGUAUCGGCAGCGCAGCUACGAUAAUCUCCACAACGGAAACUCCAACAGUGUUGAUCACUUGGUGGAGAACGAGAUUCCGCUGGCGACGAUGCAGAGUCCGGCGGAUGAGAGUUGCGCGGACAACAAGGUGAGUGACAGCUACACGAACCUCUUCCGGGCGUCCGUGGAGGCGGACGCGGAGGAGCCGGAGCGACAAGAGACCGUAGGGGCGGCGCCCGUGGAAAAUGUGUACAGCAAUAUUCCGGCGGCCGACGAGGAUCCCACGAUGCAUGUGUACUCCAACGUGGGCAACACGUCGGACGAGAUCAGCUUCGACGCCAACAACAGCCUGCUCGUGGCCUCGUCCACGCUCCUGGCGGAUGACCUGGACCUGGACGAUCCGGCGGCGGCGGCGAGCGCCUAUCGCGGCGAUCAGGCUGUCGUCGCGAAGACGCCGGCGAAGGCGAAGGACGAGCUGAAGGCCAAGAACGGCGACGUGACGCGCCAGAAGACCGUCGGUGCGACGAUUGAGAUGAAAAAUGUGAUACCGUCAGUGGCGGAAAGUGUCAAUAGCUCGAGUCGGCUGCGCAUGCUGCACGACACCACGAUGAUUGAUACUGCCCUGGAUCUCGACAGCCUGGACGGCUCGAGCCUGGGCAACAAUUCGAGCGCGUGUCUCGUGAAGAGUGCGGCGAUCGUGUGAGAUUUCCUGUG